CAUGGCAUUUGAUUUUCAUCAGGAGUGUCUGCAAUUGUCAGAUGCUGUAGAGGGACAAGGACUGUGCAUUGCUGUUCCCGAAAAAGGACUGCCCGAAAUCCAAAGGAAACGCAAACGAACUAUAUUCAGCCGUGCGCAAUUAUCCGAGUUGGAAUGCGCCUUUGUGGCGACACCUUACCCAGACAUCACUUUGCGCGAGAGACUGGCUGCCAUAACUCUACUUCCAGAGAGCAAAAUUCAGGUCUGGUUCCAAAACAGGCGUGCUCGAAGCAUCAAGAGUGGAAGACUGAGUAAGUCUGUCAGAAAGAGUCCAGAAGCAGACUCCAGACUUUCCUCCUUGCCAUCAAGUGAGCCUCCCCGUCUUAACUCCAGUGUUACACCUUCGGGAACACCAGGGAUGUGGAGCAGACAAAGUCAGCACGGUGCUUCACUUGGAGAUCUGCAGGUCAGACCAGGAUGUCUUAAGCAGGACAUGGGCUCCUGGUCCCAGAUUCCUCUUCAGCCCACGCCACCGCCGCCUCCACCUAUGUCCCCCGACCUGCCUGAAGCUUUGCCACAGAUGCCAAGCCAGCCACAGCAGCCAGGGACUCUCUCAGUGCCUUUCCUGUCAGGUCAGAAGCAGGCCGACUCAUUUCAGAAAAAUUGGAGGGAUUAUUUCAAUCAAGGUCUCACCUCAGCGCUAGCAUUGCGGUCAGUGGUAACAAAGCCCACGUGUGCUCACUCAGGAAGAUAUGGUUCCAUGUCUGUGGACCAGGUGGUCCCUAUGCAGUCACAGCACGUUUAUUGGGAGAGCCAAGGCAAAACGCAGUACCAGACCUCAACACACCCACAGACAUCCCUGGGAGACAUCUCUGAUAUCAUAUACAGUGCUGCAGUCGUAACAAACCUGGUGGAUGUCUAA